AUGGCAGCGGCCCUGUCUCGGCUCGGACUCCGCUCUGUCAAGCAGGUUCGGGUUCAAUUCUGCCCUUUCGAGAAGAACGUGGAGUCGACAAGGACCUUCCUCCAGGCCGUGAGCAGCGAAAAAGUUCGCUGCACCAACCUCAACUGCUCGGUGAUAGCGGACGUGAGACACGACGGCUCCGAGCCCUGCGUGGACGUGCUGUUCGGAGACGGGCAUCGCCUGAUUAUGCGCGGCGCGCACCUCACCGCCCAGGAAAUGCUCACUGCCUUCGCCUCCCACAUCCAGGCCAGGGGUGCGGCGGGAGGCGGGGACAAGCCGGGCGCCAGUACCGGGCGCUGA